GGCCAGAUGGACGAAACUUGCAGCUGCACUUCAGGUCAAGGUUGUCUCUUCCCCUUUUCACUGGAGGAAAAGUAGAAGGGGAACAGGGUGCUGCAAUCCAUAUUGUUUUACUUGAUGUGAAUACAGGUCAUGUUGUAACCUCUGGACCUGAAUCCACCAUAAAACUUGAUGUUGUUGUGCUGGAAGGUGAUUUCAACAAUGAAGAUGAUGGGGGUUGGACCGAAGAAGAAUUUGAAAGCCAUGUUGUGAAAGAGCGUGAAGGAAAGAGACCACUUUUGACUGGGGAUCUGCAAGUGACGCUCAAAGAACGUGUGGGAACCCUGGGAGAGCUUACAUUUACUGAUAACUCAAGUUGGAUAAGGAGCAAGAAGUUCAGGCUUGGCCUGAAGGUCGCCUCAGGCUUUUGUGAGGGCAUACGCGUAGGUGAGGCAAAGACAGAAGCUUUCACUGUUAAAGAUCACAGAGGGGAAUUAUACAAGAAGCACUAUCCACCUGCUUUAAAUGAUGAUGUCUGGAGAUUGGAGAAGAUUGGCAAAGAUGGGUCAUUCCACAAGAGGCUAAAUAAGUCAGGAAUAUUCACGGUUGAAGACUUUGUUCGACUUGUUGUCAGAGACUCUCAAAAACUACGGACUAUCCUUGGCAGUGGUAUGUCAAAUAAGAUGUGGGAUGCUCUCAUAGAACACGCUAAGACUUGUGCCAUGAGUGGGAAGCUUUAUGUGUAUUAUGCUGAUGAUACAAGAAAUGUUGGUGUUGUCUUUAACAGUAUUUACGAGCUAAGUGGCCUUAUAACUGGUGAACAAUAUUUGUUAUCUGAUUCCCUGUCUGAUAGCCAGAAG